GGCGUUCUUCUCGUCCGUCUUCCUCCCCCGGGUUCUAAAUUUGCUGACAGAUUUUUUCUUCGUUGCCACAUUGAGAAAUUUGUCAAUCCCCCGGGCUCUCACUGGUUGCAGCCACCAGUACGGUCGGCUGCUUAGCAUUUGAAUCGAGCGACCAAAUUUACAGUCUUCACUUCUCCGCCUGCUCUCUCUCUCUCUCUCUCUCUCUCUCUCUCUCUACUAGUCUUCUCCAAUCCUUGUCCUGCAGCGCAGCGAGAACACCAAACGCCAUGGCGAUGAUCUCUGUAUCUGCCCUGAGAGGAGGUUCUCGUUUCUCUUUCUCCAAUCCUUGCCCGAUUCCUCGCCUCACUCCUGAGUCGCCACUUGGUAACAAGAGAUUGAGAAACCUUGCAAAGCGCUUCACCCUUUUCGCUCAGUAUUCUCAAGCUCAGUCUCAGUCGAUGUUCUCCUCGCGUCUCCAAGAUAGCCUAGAGAACUUGCCCAAACUGGUGGAGGAUAUUGUUCAGACAUCUCUUAAUACAGGCCCACGUGGACCACUGAGACUUGCUCAAGGUAUUCAAGCAGUCAUUGGAGUUGGCGGGGAGUGGCUGCAAGAUGCAUCAAGGUCACCAAAUUCCUCUAGUGGGCUACCGGUUGACAUGCGGCUUGGGAUUCUUUCUCCAGUGUAUUUGAGGAGAUUAUUUGAGCGGAUGGGAGCAACAUAUAUUAAAUUGGGCCAGUUUGUAGCAUCUGCUCCAACAUUGUUCCCACCCGAGUAUGUUGAAGAAUUUCAGAAGUGUUUUGAUAGAGCUCCACCUGUUCCCUUUCAAGAAAUUCAAGAAAUCUUGCGUCAGGAACUCGGAAGACCAAUUGAGUCUGUGUAUGAGUAUGUUGACCCAACCCCACUUGCCUCAGCCUCCAUAGCACAGGUUCAUGCUGCGAGACUGAAAGGCUCCCAAGAAGAUGUGGUGAUAAAGGUCCUGAAACCAGGAAUAGCAGAUGUUUUAGUGGCAGAUCUAAAUUUCAUAUAUAUUGUCGCCCGCAUAUUGGAGUUCUUAAGUCCUGAGGUUAGCCGUGCAUCACUGGUUGGUAUUGUCCAAGACAUAAGAGCAUCCAUGCUCGAAGAAGUUGACUUUACUAAGGAGGCUGCAAAUAUUGAAUCAUUUAGAAGAUAUUUAAUGGCUAUGGGACUCACAAGACAGGCUACAGCUCCAAAGGUAUAUCACCACUGCAGCAGCCGUAGAGUUCUGACAAUGGAGAGACUAUAUGGAGUCCCACUCACUGAUCUCAACUCCAUAAGCUCAUUUGUGUCCGAUCCAGAAGCAAGCCUCAUUACUGCCCUUAAUGUGUGGUUCGGAAGUCUUCUUGCAUGUGAAAGUUUCCAUGCCGAUGUACAUGCAGGAAACUUGUGGUUGUUGCGUGAUGGUCGGAUCGGGUUUCUUGAUUUUGGAAUCGUUGGACGGAUAUCCCCAAAGACAUGGGAAGCUAUGGAAGUGUUUCUGGCAUCAAUUGCAACCGAAGAAUAUGACUCCAUGGCAUCUGCACUUAUUGAAAUGGGUGCUACAAACAAAGAUGUUGAUACCAAGUCCUUUGCAAGAGACUUGGAAAAGAUAUUCUCAUCUAUACAGGAAUUGGACACAGAACUAGUAGUGGCAACAGCAAGGGAUCCUAGUACAAACGCAACUGCUGUUUCUGCCAAUGUAGUCCUUGAUGAAAGGCAGAUGAAUGCACUUUUUCUUGAUGUGGUUCGAGUAAGCGAAUCAUAUGGGCUCAGAUUCCCUAGGGAGUUUGCACUUCUCCUGAAACAACUUCUGUAUUUUGACCGGUACACACGGUUGUUGGCUCCUAACAUGAACAUGCUUCAGGAUCAGAGGAUUUCCAUCGUCUCAAACCGCAGAAACAGAUAGAGGGAAGACCUCAACUGAUAUUAUCUGUCGAAACCAGCUCGAUAUUAUUGUUUCUGUCAUGUUUUCCCCCUACCCAGAAUACAGGUAACUGGGCUACCUCGAAUAUGCUGUAGACAAGAAUAGGAAAAGUAUAUAUGAUUUCCUAGAGAGAUCCCCCACUACGUUGCCAUGAUGAUGUAUUUAGUAUUAAUCAAUUUGGCAAGAAUCAAGAUGGGUAGCUGCUGUAUAGUACAAACCAAUGACAACAUUUUUCUCUGCAUAAAAAAGAGUGGACACCUAUUUAUCACAUCAAGAAAAAGGUUAUGUAUGUCAGUGGCCAUCCCUAUGAUACUGGUACAGCUUGUAGUUGUUUGCACAGUGGAGAGCUGGAAAGUGGAAAGAGAGAUUUGAUCAUUGGAUGACAAAAAGAUAAAAGAAGAAAGCUGUAAAGGUUCU